GGCGUUGGCAAGAACGCAGGCGGCGGCAAGGGUGCGGGCAGCGCAGGUGGUGCUGCAGGGCUCUCCAAGCAGCAGCUCGACGCCAUCGCCAAGCGCGUCUCCACCCUGGCAGCGGCUGCUGGCGCCACUCCGCCGCCAGCAGCUGGCAGCCCUCCCGCAGGCGCCGCGCCUGGCCGCGGGAAGGGCUCGCGCGGCACGGGCAAGGGCAAGGACGCUGCCGUGCCCGCGUCCGAGGUGGCCGACACCAGCGACAGGGACAAGAAGAUCGAGCAACUCGAGCUUCUCGUCAGCACCUACCAGCAGCUCAGCUGGCGUCCAGCUGCUGAGCUGGACGCCAGCGUCAUGCCCGACGUGGCCGCCAAGCUGCAGCAGGCCAGAGCCGACCUGGUGGAUGCGCGCGCUGCGCAGGCUGCUAGCCUGCCGCCAGCGCAGCGCAUGGCGCGCUGCCACACACGUGUGCAGCGAGCCGCCGAGAAGGUCGAGAAGAUCAAGAACCAGAUCUCAGAGCUGGAGAAGACCCAGCAGGAGCUGCAGCAGCAGCUCGACGCCAACAUCCAGUCCAUGGACGAGCAGAAGAAACGUCUCGAGCAGGCCAUGGACGACCAGCAGCGCGAGGAGCAGGACGCAAAGUCUGUCUGGGCUGACACGGCACCAGACGAGGUUCCUGAAUCGCUCGCAGAGUUCACCAAGACGUCCAAGGCCAAGAUCGAGGAGGCCAAGAAGAAGUUCGCAGACAAUGCAGACAUCCUCCAAUUCAUCAAUGACAUGGCCAGCAUGGUGGGGACAUUGCCCGAGAAGGCGGAGCCACCGCCAUCACCAGCGCCAUCGACCACGGACACACCGAUAUUCGAUUCCGAGUUCUUCAAAACUGAGAUGGAGUCCCUUGCCAAGCACGUGCCGAAGAAGGAGCUCGAAGCCAUCCAGAAGGCCAGAGCUGCAUACCAGGACCAGCAGGCCGCGGCCGCGCGGCAGCUGGGUGCGCCAUCGAGCAAGGGGACUGGCAGCCGUCGGGGCCACCGCCCGUACGGGUAA